GUAGCGGCAAGCAGUGCGACUGGACUUCAAUCAUGCGCACAGCUCUGCACUCUGCGCUCUCUGACAUUGUAGUGGCGUGUUGCCUAAUAGAAACGUGAACCACGAACUUUUGCCCUCUCUUGUGUGAUGAGAAACAAAAAAAGAACCACAAAGAAGUGACCAUGUUUUCGCAAAAUCCGAUAAGUAGCCUUGCUAAAUAUGUUUCGAAGCCGUCGGCCGUGGGACAGGUUGAGGUUUGUAUGGUUGAAUGUCAGUCUUCUUGCGCUGUUAGGACCGUUGUCCCAGACGGAGAAACCGUAGACCAUGGGAGCGUAGCAAAUCAGGCUGAUCUGAAGGUAAGAAGAAACCGGUCAGUUAGUGUUUAACUGUUUACAUUUAUAUUCCAAUUUUAGAUAUACAUGUAUGGUGUUAUACUGCACACAAAAAUUAUGAAUUGAUUUAUAAAUUAUGAAUUGAUGUAUUUGAAAUCUGUGAAAAUAUUGUUUUGAGUCACGACAGUCGGACCAUGUUGUGUGUCCAUGUCACAUCUAUCCCUUGACCCAUUGGUUGGAGGUUAUUACUGUACUGUACAUAGAACGCUCUCUCUCACUUUACAUUCCCAUCAACAAACAUGGAGUAUCUCAGUAUUUGUUUAACAGACAGUGUGAGCUGGGGCUUUCCUCAUAGGACAUACAGUAAAAUAAUUUUACAAAAUGUAUUGCCCAUAUGUGAUACAAGGCCACGAGUUCAUAUUCAUCAGAUGAGUUGGUGUUAUUUGUUAUUGUAUGGUAGCCUGUAGUUUUACCAUGUUAGAAAAUGGCAUUGGCGGUGUUCACAAUGACUGCCAAUGCACCGAAUGCUCCCUGGCCUCUCCUCUCCUCCACUUAGCCCGGCACUUGAGUGUCAGAUCCAGAUGAGCGUUGACUCUAAGCAGAGUCACAUUGUUACCGUGUGAGCAGGGUUACUUAUGGUCAUGUGGUCCUGGACCUGUUAGUAAUGCAUUGGGCUUUCAACCCCUCUGUUUUACACCAGCAGUCUCUGAUCUGUGCGCUCCAUCCAUUUUAACCCUAACCCUAGCCCUCAUAUUAAAGCCACACUCCUCCACCUCCACUCCAGAGUAGGUCACUAACAAUGUUGACAAUGGAGAAAUCAUUGUGAAGCACCCAUGACCUAACUUGCCCUCUGCUUCAAGCCUUUUUAAGGGGCGGCCACAAAUCCAAGUCAAGAUUUCCUUCAGCUGAUUGCAAUAAAUUUUUUAUGGCAUCCAGUAUUUAAAGGGCUAUAAAAAACGUUGCUGCUUUGACUUCUGAAAACACUGAGCCUACAUAUAACUGACAUGAUCAAGUAUGUGCAUCUCUAACUUUUCUCUUUCUCCUGCUCUCAUCCUCUACCUCUCUUAAGGAGAAGGUGUGUCCCUGUGAGGCCUGGUGUCUCCAGAAGACGGCAUAUGAGAACCUGGCCUACGAGCCUGGGAGUCAGACUGAGCUCUACCCCCAACCCCGGGCCCUCUCCCGGGCUGUUUUCCAUCUCUCUGGCCUCACCCCCAAGUCCUCCAUCCAGGCCAUCGAGAGCCCCAUCGCUAGCCUGAAGGGAGUGGUGUCUGUCGACUUCUCCGCGGCCAGUGGCCUGGCUCAGGUGGACUAUUACGCAUCAUCUAUCUCUACCAGGGAGUUAUCUCUGGAGAUCCAGGCCAUGGGCUACGGCAUUGUGGACGUGGCUGGGGAAGAGGUGACUAAGAUCGGGGAGACAGAGGCCACAGAGUCUCUGACGAGGAUAAGGGUGGAGGGUAUGACAUGCCAGUCCUGUGUGCACUCCAUCGAGGGACGGAUAGGGACCCUGCCAGGGGUUCUGCACAUCAACGUGUCUCUGAGCGAGCAAGAGGCAGUAGUACGAUUUCAGCCCCACACAGUGACAUCUGAGGAGCUAAAGGAACAGAUUGAGAAUAUGGGAUUUGGCGCAACUCUUACAAACAAAGACACAAGUAUCGAUUGUGGGCAAGGGGAGACACCUGCGUCAUCCUCCAUCUUGGAUUCACUGACUCAGACGUCAGUCAUUGGGAUUGUAGGGAUGACCUGUAAUUCAUGUGUCCGGUCCAUAGAGGGGAAGAUCUCUGAGAUGACUGGGGUGUGUUCUAUAGUGGUGUCAUUAAAUGAGGAAAAGGGAACCGUCACCUUUGACCCCAAUCUGACUCAGCCAGAGGAACUAAGGGCAGCCAUUGAAGGCAUGGGAUUUGAUGCUUCACUCAUAGGUAUGCUUAAUUAUUUAUUUCACCUUAGAAAUGUAACAACAAUCACAAACUGCACUUUCAUAAUCACACAUUUCUUUCACGUAAUAUGGUGAGGGGGGCAGCACAACUGAGUAUGUACAUUGUUGUACAGAAUGCAGAGAAAUGGUUUACUUCAACAUUCCAAACCCACCAAAUUGGCAGUCUGGCAGUGGGGGGUAUACAGUAAUACUGCUCUCAAUGGACAAUGCUGUUCAAAGCAUUCCAUUUCCAUCCAGCCUUGCUAUUGGUGGAGAGCAGGCAGCGCUUGGGCACGUCUCCUUGGAAACGAGACAAGUGUGCUUUCUAAUGUGGCAUCAAGUGUUCUUGAAUUACCCAGACUUGGGGCCAGUAAAACAAGCUUAUAAACGGAUUAUGAAACGGUUUGGUUCUUUUAUUCCCCCCCCUACACUGAAAGCACUCUCUCUCCAGCCAUGCAUAAUCCAUCCGACCAAUGGUCUUGUUAAUAUGUUGUAUUAUUUUCUUCUAAAGAAUCUGGUUCUGCAGAAACUCUACCAACUCCUCCACUUCAAAGACCAAACACCCCCCUUUCCCCCUACUCCCCCAAAAUGGCUCACAGUAGCUCUGACCUUACCAAGACUUCCAUUAACGGUAGCUCUGGCUCUACCAAGAUGGCCACUGCCGGUGAGGAGGGGAAGGUUCAGAAGUGCUUCAUCCGUGUGACAGGCAUGACCUGUGCCUCCUGUGUGGCCAACAUUGAGAGGAACUUACUCAAACACAGAGGUGGGUGAUGUUAUCCUUUAGGUCACUGUCAUUACCCAUAGAGUCACUAAGCAGAACGCUUGACCUGGCAGUACAGUUUCCAUCAUGAGGAUAAAAAAUGAUUUUGUGGUGAUGCCACUUUCGCUAGCUAGGGGUUAACUGCACACCAUUGUGUGUGUGUGUGUGGUAUGUGUGUGUGUGUGUGUUCCAGGUGUCAUCUCAGUGCUGGUUGCCCUCAUGGCUGGUAAGGCGGAGGUGAAGUAUGACCCUGGUUUUGUUGAUGCCAAGCAGAUAACACAGCGCAUAGAGUGCCUAGGCUUCGGUGCCACGCUGAUAGAGGACAACGCUGUUAUGGACGGGAAACUGGACCUCUCUGUGAGUCCUCUUGUUGGCUGAGACAACAUGGAGAAAGAAGAAAUACAUUUCUAUGCUUGGUUAAAUACAUGUUCUAUUUUUUGAUGUGUAGUCCAGUCCUACAUCGGCCCAAAGUAUUGUCUGGUACAGCUGCAUUAAGUUUCAAUUUGUUUGGCUCAUCUCAUGUGUAGGUAACUGGGAUGACGUGUGCGUCGUGUGUCCAUAACAUUGAGUCCAAACUCACCAGGACCAAAGGGAUUCUAGAAGCCUCAGUUGCACUGGCAACCAACAAAGCCCAGAUCAAGUUUGACCCAGAAGUGCUUGGAGCUCGUGACAUCAUCAGAAUGAUUGAGGUACAGUGCCUUGCAAAUGUAUUCAUCCCCCUUGGUGUUUUUCCUAUUUUGUUGCAUUACAACCUGUAAUUUAAAUGGAUUUUUAUUUGGAUUUCAUGUAAUGGACAUACACAGUUGGACAAUAGUCCAAAUUGGUGAAGUGAAAUUAAAAAAAUAACUUGUUUCAAAAAAGUAUAAAAAAUAAAUAACGGAAAGGUGGUGCGUGCAUAUGUAUUCACCCCCUUUGCUAUGAAGCCCCUAAAUAAGAUCUGGUGCAACCAAUUACCUUCAGAAGUCACAUAUUUAGUUAAAUAAAGUCCACCUGUGUGCAAUCUAAGUGUCACAUGAUCUGUCACAUGAUCUCAGUAUAUAUACACCUGUUCUGAAAGGCCCCAGAGUCUGCAACACCACUAAGCAACGGGCACCACCAAGCAAGCGGCACCAUGAAGACCAAAGAGCUCUCCAAACAGGUCAGGGACAAAGUUGUGGAGAAGUACAGAUCAGGGUUGGGUUAUAAAAAAAUAUCCGAAACUUUUAACAUCCCACGGAGCACCAUUCAAUCCAUUAUUGAAAAAUUGAAAGAAUAUGGCACCACAACAAACCUGCCAAGAGAGGGCUGCCCACCAAAACUCACGGACCAGGCAAGGAGGGCAUCAGAGAGGCAACAAAGAGACCAAAGAUAACCCUGAAGGAGCUGCAAAGCUCAUCAGCGGAGAUUGGAGUAUCUGUCCAUAGGACCACUUUAAGCCGUACACUCCACAGAGCUGGGCUUUACGGAAGAGUGGCCAGAAAAAAGCCAUUGCUUAAAGAAGGCGAACACGUUUGGUGUUCGCCAAAAGCCAUGUGGGAGACUCCUCGAACAUAUGGAAGAAGGUACUCUGGUCAGAUGAGACUAAAAUUAAGCUUUUUGGCCGUCAAGAAAAACGCUAUGUCUGGCGCAAACCCAACACUUCUCAUCACCCCGAGAACACCAUCCCCACAGUGAAGCAUGGUGGUGGCAGCAUCAUGCUGUGGGGAUGUUUUUCAUCGGCAUGGACUGGGAAACUGGUCAGAAUUGAAGGAAUGAUGGAUGGCGCUAAAUAUAGGGAAAUAUUGACUUGAAGAAUGGGCAAAAAUCCCAGUGACUAGAUGUGCCAAGCUUAUAGAGACAUACCCCAAGAGACUUGCAGCUGUAAAAGGUGGCUCUACAAAGUAUUGAUUUUGGGGGGGUGAAUAGUUAUGCACGCUCAAGUUUUCUGUUUUUUUGUCUUAUGUUUCACAAAAAAUAUAUAUUUUGCAUCUUCAACGUGGUAGGCAUGUUGUGUAAAUCAAAUGACACAAACACCCAAAAAAAUCCAUUUUAAUUCCAGGUUGUAAGGCAACAAAGUAGGAAAAAUGCCAUGGGGGGUGAAUACUUUCGCAAGCCACUGUAGCUACCUAUAACUUGACUUUGCUGUCAUGUCUCUUUAAAUGUAGUUGUUGAAUUUGUUUUUUCCAUCACCAACCCCUUGUUGUUGUCCAAUAAUUGUUUCCAACACCUAUGCAUUCACAUUGUGCAAUUACAGUGUUGGUACAGUGGGGUAAAAAAGUAUUUAGUCAGCCACCAAUUGUGCAAGUUCUCCCACUUAAAAAGAUGAGAGAGGCCUGUAAUUUUCAUCAUAGGUACACGUCAACUAUGACAGACAAAUUGAGAAGAAAAAAAUCCAGAAAAUCACAUUGUAGGAUUUUUGAUGAAUUUAUUUGCAAAUUAUGGUGGAAAAACAAGUAUUUGGUCACCUACAAACAAGCAAGAUUUCUGGCUCUCACAGACCUGUAACUUCUUCUUUAAGAGGCUCCUCUGUCCUCCACUCGUUACCUGUAUUAAUGGCACCUGUUUGAACUUGUUAUCAGUAUAAAAGACACCUGUCCACAACCUCAAACAGUCACACUCCAAACUCCACUAUGGCCAAGACCAAAGAGCUGUCAAAGGACACCAGAAACAAAAUUGUAGACCUGCACCAGGCUGGGAAGACUGAAUCUGCAAUAGGUAAGCAGCUUGGUUUGAAGAAAUCAACUGUGGGAGCAAUUAUUAGGAAAUGGAAGACAUACAAGACCACUGAUAAUCUCCCUCGAUCUGGGGCUCCACGCAAGAUCUCACCCCGUGGGGUCAAAAUGAUCACAAGAACGGUGAGCAAAAAUCCCAGAACCACACGGGGGGACCUAGUGAAUGACCUGCAGAGAGCUGGGACCAAAGUAACAAAGCCUACCAUCAGUAACACACUACGCUGCCAGGGACUCAAAUCCUGCAGUGCCAGACGUGUCCCCCUGCUUAAGCCAGUACAUGUCCAGGCCCGUCUGAUGUUUGCUAGAGUGCAUUUGGAUGAUUCAGAAGAGGAUUGGGAGAAUGUCAUAUGGUCAGAUGAAACCAAAAUAUAACUUUUUGGUAAAAACUCAACUCGUCGUGUUUGGAGGACAAAGAAUGCUGAGUUGCAUCCAAAGAACACCAUACCUACUGUGAAGCAUGGGGGUGGAAACAUCAUGCUUUGGGGCUGUUUUUCUGCAAAGGGACCAGGACGACUGAUCUGUGUAAAGCAAAGAAUGAAUGGGGCCAUGUAUCGUGAGAUUUUGAGUGAAAACCUCCUUCCAUCAGCAAGGGCAUUGAAGAUGAAACGUGGCUGGGUCUUUCAGCAUGACAAUGAUCCCAAACACACCGCCCGGGCAACGAAUGAGUGGCUUCGUAAGAAGCAUUUCAAGGUCCUGGAGUGGCCUAGCCAGUCUCCAGAUCUCAACCCCAUAGAAAAUCUUUGGAGGGAGUUGAAAGUCCGUGUUGCCCAGCGACAGCCCCAAAACAUCACUGCUCUAGAGGAGAUCUGCAUGGAGGAAUGGGCCAAAAUACCAGUGUGGUCCUCUGUAGCUCAGCUGGUAGAGCACGGCGCUUGUAACGCCAAGGUAGUGGGUUCGAUCCCCGGGACCACCCAUACACAAAAAUGUAUGCACGCACGACUGUAAGUCGCUUUGGAUAAAAGCGUCUGCUAAAUGGCAUAUUAUUAUUAUUAUUAUUACCAGCAACAGUGUGUGAAGACUUACAGAAAACGUUUGACCUGUGUCAUUGCCAACAAAGGGUAUAUAACAAAGUAUUGAGAAACUUUUGUUAUUGACCAAAUACUUAUUUUCCACCAUAAUUUGCAAAUAAAUUAAUUAAAAAUCCUACAAAUGUGAUUUUCUGGAUUUUUUCUUCUCAUUUUGUCGUUCAUAGUUGACGUGUACCUAUGAUGAAAAUUACAGGCCUCUCUCAUCUUUUUAAGUGGGAGAACUUGCACAAUUGGUGGCUGACUAAAUACUUUUUUCCCCCACUGUACAUAUUCUUACAACUGUUAUACCUCUGUCUGUGCCAGGGGCUAGGCUUUGGGGCGUCUCUAAUGAAAGCUGAAGGCUUUGGGAACAACCUGGAUCAUGGGGAGGAGAUUCAACAGCAAGUAUUUGUUUUGGUAGUCUUUAGAUUCUGACCUGAGAUACGUGUUCUUGAAUCAACCUUGAUUUGUUUUAACACACUCUCCUCUCUGCAUGCGUCCUGUGUGUGUGUGUGUUUGUGUGUGUUCCAGGUGGAAGAACUCAUUCCUGUUCAGUCUGGUGUUUGGGGUGCCAGUGAUGGGUUUGAUGAUCUACAUGAUGGUGAUGGACAGUCAGCACGGGGAACACGGUGGCUCUAUGCCCGAGGAGCAGAACCUUCUCCCAGGCCUCUCCCUCCUCAACCUGGCCUUCUUCCUCCUCUGUACACCUGUCCAGGUACAGUAAGACCCUACCGAGCCCUACUACUGAUUAUCUACUCUAUGUAGUAGUCCAUGAUAUAAUACCUGUAAGUCACAUUUAUCUCUCUCUCGCUCUCUCGCUCUCUCGCAAUCUCUUUGUCUCUCCUCUGUCUCUCUCUCUCUCUCUCCUCCUCUCUCCCUCCCCCCACCUCCUACUCCUCCAUCAGAUCUUUGGGGGUCGUUAUUUCUACAUGCAGGCGUACCGCUCGUUGAGACACCGCACGGCUAACAUGGACGUCCUCAUCGUCUUGGCAACUUCCAUCGCCUACGUCUACUCAGUUGUGGUCCUCGUCGUGGCGAUGGCAGAGAGAGCCAAUCAAAGCCCUGUCACCUUCUUUGACACCCCGCCCAUGCUCUUCGUCUUCAUUGCCCUGGGCCGGUGGCUGGAGCACAUAGCAAAGGUACCUACUCUACUGUACUCUACUCUACUCUAUUAUACUCUAUUAUACUCUAUUCUACACUACUCUUCUCUACUCUAUUCUAUUCUACUCUACUAUAUUCUACACUACUCUACUCUAUUCUACUCUACGCUAUUCUACUCUAUUCUACACUACUCUUCUAUUCUACUCUACUCUAUUCUACUCUACUCUACUCUAUUAUACUCUAUUCUACUCAAUUCUACACUACUCUAUUCUAUUCUACUAUACUCUAUUCUACACUACUCUACUCUACUCUAUUCUACUGUACUCCACUCUAUUCUAUUCUACUGUACUCUAUUUUACUCUAUUCUACUCUACUCUAUUCUACUCUAUUCUAUUCUGCUGUUCUCUACUCUAUUCUACUCUACUCUAUUCUAUUCUUCUAUUCUACUCUAUUCUAAUCUAUUCUACAAUACGCUACUAUAUUCUACUAUAUUCUACUCUAUUCUACACUACUCUAUUCUGCUCUACUCUAUUCUACACUACUCUAUUCUACUCUAUUCUACUGUACUCUGCUCUAUUCUACUCUAUUCUAUUAUAUUAUACUCUUCUCUAUUCUACACUACUCUACACUACUCUACUCUUUUCUGUUCUACUCUAUUCUACACUACUCUAUUCUACUCUACUCUAUGCUACACUACUCUAUUCUACUGUACUCUAUUCUAUUCUAUUCUACACUACUCUACUCUAUUCUAUUCUACUCUAUUCUAUUAUUUUCUACUUUAUUCUACUCUAUUCUAUUCUACUCUACUCUAGUCUACUCUAUUAUAUUCUACUAUAUUCUACUCGACUCGACUCUAUUCUACUCUACUAUAUUCUACUCAAUUCUAAUCUAUUCUACACUAUUCCAUUCUACUUUAUUCCAUUCUACUCUACUCUGCUCUAUUAUAUUCUACUCUAUUCCAUUCUAUUAUAUUCUACUCAAUUGUAUUCUACUCACUCUACUCUAUAGUAUUCUACUCUAUUCCAUUCUACACUACUCUAUUAUUUUCGACUCCAUUCUACUCUAUUCCAUUCGAUUCUACUCUACUCUACUGUACUCUAGUCCAUUCUACUCUACUCUACUCUAUUCUACUGUACUCUAUUCCAUUCUACUCUACUCUACUCCAUUCCAUUCUAUUAUAUUCUACUCUACUCUACUUUACUCCAUUCCAUUCUAUUCUAUUCUACUCAAUUCUAAUGGCAGUGUUUCCCCUACCAUUAGUUAUGCGGGUUGCAUUCCACUUUCCUUUACCUGGACCACAGCUAAAGGAGUUUUGGUUGGUAGUACUCCUGUUCCUCUCAGCUUUAUGGAUGGUUGAUCACCAGGGGGUUAUUGUAGGUCAUAAGCUGAAGGCUUAUCCUGAGGCGGCUGGUAAUUCCCAGGUUUAAUCAACAGCCUCUCACCUCAUUGUCUCUGUCUGUGUUUCCUGUUCCUGUUCUGCAGAGCAAGACAUCUGAGGCACUGGCCAAGCUGAUGUCACUGCAGGCUACUGAUGCCACUGUGGUCACGUUAGGUCCUGACCACUCCAUCCUCAGGUGAACACAAACCCAGACCCAUUUUCCCACAGUGAACACUUGUGAAAAAUACAUGUAUUUUAUAUGAUGUUUAUUAUUAUUAUAUUGGCCUCAUUUAAUCAAACCUGCCUUAGCCAUGAUUUCUCUACAAUCUGUUUAUAGCUGUGUCCAUAAACUAUUCUGAGAAUAUUUCACCGCAAUAAAUCUGUACUGUGUCUGUGCUGUGUGUGUGUGUGCAUACGUGCGCGCGCGCGCGUGUGUGUGUGUGUGUGUGCUUGUGUCUGUACUGUGUGUGUCAGUGAGGAGCAGGUGUCGGUGGAGCUGGUCCAGAGAGGGGACAUAGUGAAGGUGGUGCCUGGGGGAAAGUUCCCCGUGGACGGGAAGGUGAUCGAGGGAAGCUCCAUGGCAGAUGAGUCCCUCAUCACAGGUAAGAGCCGUUUUGUUGGGGAACCAAUGGGCCAAAGCGGUUUACUGUCAUUAUGGUCCUUUUGUGGUCUAUUGGUGGUUGACUGUGGUCAUCAGUGUUGUAGUGAAGGUAAAGGCAUGUAAACGCCGGUUACGCACCUUCUUUUAUUUAGCGCUAGCAAAAUACCACUAAAUGACCCAUCUAUCAUGGAAAAAUGCAUUGAAAAAUAUAGGUAGCAUUACUUUAUUCCCUGCUAACGGUGAUCAGCGUUUACCUACUUAUUUUCUUAACACUACAUCACUGGUAGUCAUUGUGGUAAUUUAGUGGUCUAUAUCGGUGGUUGUUGGGAAUCAUUGUGGUUCUUUGGUGGUCAAUGUUCUCUCUGUGGUCAGGUGAGCCCAUGCCUGUGAGUAAGAAGCCUGGCAGUUCAGUGAUAGCUGGCUCCAUCAACGCCCACGGAUCUCUACUGGUGCAGGCCACCCACGUAGGAGCAGACACUACCCUCUGUCAGAUAGUCAAACUAGUGGAGGAGGCACAGACAUCCAAGGUAAACAAACCACUUUAUGUCCAAGGUCAAGACUACAUGUCUUUGAUUGUAGGAUACAGCUACCUGUGUAAAUAUAAGACAAGAACACAAGUUGUAGGUUGCAAUAUAAUCAGUUAUUGAUGAUAUUUUCAAAGUAUCUGAAACAUCUCUUUUGUUGGACUAGGCCCCCAUCCAGCAGUUUGCAGACAGACUGAGUGGCUACUUUGUCCCAUUCAUAGUCAUUGUCUCAGUGCUAACACUGCUGGUCUGGCUGGUGAUCGGCUUUGUCAACUUCCACGUUGUGAAGGAGUACUUUCCUGUGAGUAACCACAAGAGCUUAUCAAACUCUUAUCAAAGCCUUAUGGCCUUAUGUACUUUCUGAAUGAAUGAAGAGAUCAGUCCUGAAUGAUAGUCUUAGUGUGUGUGUGUGUCUGUGUGUGUUUGUGUGUUUCCACCUCACAGGGUUACGAUGAGAACAUCCCCAAGACAGACGUUAUUGUCCGCUUCGCCUUCCAGGCCUCCAUCACAGUCCUGUCCAUCGCCUGCCCCUGCUCUCUGGGCCUGGCGACCCCGACAGCUGUCAUGGUGGGCACGGGGGUCGGAGCCCAGAACGGCAUCCUCAUCAAGGGAGGGGAACCGCUGGAGAUGGCCCACAAGGCAAUCCACCUCUAUUUACUUCCUCCCAACCGAAACAUGCUUCCUGUAAACUUCCAGUGUUUUCCAAACUGUAGUGUGGGCCGGGUACAGGGUACAGUCGGUUAUGGUGACUUAGUGUGAAGCUGUACAUGUAUGAUAGGCAUUUUCCACUGCUAAAGCUACCACCAGUAACACAGAAAGGAAAUGACAGUUUUUUCCGCUCCCUCCUUUCCUCCCCAUUCAGAUCGGUGCGGUGAUGUUUGAUAAGACGGGCACCAUCACUAACGGUGUCCCGCGGGUGACGAGGGUGUUGGUGCUGUGGGAGAGGGCACGGCUGCCCCUGCGUAAGGUCCUGGCACUGGUUGGCACAGCGGAGGCCAGCAGCGAACACCCACUGGGGAUUGCUGUGGCCAAGCACUGCAAAGAGGUGAGGGUAUUUCAUUUAUAUUGAAAAAAAUAUAAACACAACAUGUAAAGUGUUGGUUCUAUGUUUCAUGAGCUGAAAUAAAAGAUCCCAGAAAUGUUUCCAUAUGCACAAAAAGCGUAUUUCUCUCAAAUGUUGUGCACAGAUAUGUUUACAUCCCUGUUAGUGAGCAUUUCUCCUUUGCCAAGAUAAUCCAUCCUCCUGACAGGUGUUGCAUAUCAAGAAGCUAAUGAAUUGAUUUCAAUUGACUGAUAUCCUUAUAUGAACUGUAACUCAGUAAAAUCGUUGCAUGUUGUGUUUAUAUUUUUGUCCAGUGUAUAUCUACCAGGUAUCUGUGCCUUAGCUGCUGUAUAAACACAGACAAGUCAUUCUCUUUACCCUGGAUAGCUUCUCCAGGUCGUUGAUAUAAAUGACAAUGAAUGUUCUCAGUCAACUUACCUGGUGAAGUAAGGGCUCAAUAGAAUUGAAUAAAGAACUAAUGUGUGUAUGUGUUUGUCUGUCUUUGUGUGUGUAUGCGUCUGUCCGUAUGUAUAUCAGGAGCUGGAGACAGAUGUGCUGGGUUCCUGUAAGGACUUCCAGUCGGUGCCAGGCUGUGGGAUCAGCUGUAAGGUGUCUAACAUUGAGGAGGUACUGCUGGAGGGUGACCGGGGCUCCUGUCAUAACCAGCAGGUCACACUGCAGGGGGCCACGACUGACGAGAGCAGCCUGGUCGGUGACACCGUGUCGGUGUCAGGUCAGUUUUGCUUUACAACAUCACGGUUUUUACCGCUUUACUUUGUGGUUGUACUCAUGAUGUAGUUCCAUUUGACCUCCUCUCCUGAUGAGUGUGUGAGAGAGACAACAAGAGAUAGACAGAGAGAGACAGAGAGAGAGAGAGAUGGAGAUGGGGAGAAGAGAGCGAGAGACUGUAGAAAGUUGUCUAGACUUGAAGUCCACUCCAUUGCUAAUAAUGUUUUGUGUGUUGUCCAGGUGCCUCUGCUAGCCCCUCCUAUUCGGUCCUGAUCGGGAACAGAGAGUGGAUAAGGCGGAACGGGCUUCAUGUAGGAGCUGACGUGGACGACGCCAUGUCCAGCCACGAGACCAAGGGGCAGACAGCCAUCCUCGUAGCUAUAGAUGGUACAGUCUCUGUCCAAUGACAGACAUUUACAUUUUUGACUGUGUCAUACUCGCAACAGUGGUUUAUCUAUGACCCUCAGGACUGUGUCAUACUCCAACAGUGGUUUAUCUAUGACCCUCAGGACUGUGUCACACUCCAACAGUGGUUUAUCUAUGAGGUACAUAUACUGAACAUGGGCUAUGUUUCAAUCCCCAGCAUCAACCUCACCUUUCCGUGUUGUGGACAUGUUCCAUCUCCUCUUCCUGUGCUCUAGGUGUACUGUGUGCCAUGCUGGCCAUAGCAGACACAGUGAAGCCAGAGUCUGCCCUGGCUGUCCAUACGUUACUCAGCAUGGGGAUAGAGGUGGUCAUGAUCACUGGGGACAACAGACGUACUGCUAAGGCUAUAGCCACACAGGUAAGAGAAGGAGAGAGACGGCAGGCGUCGCACCUGGGGAUGUGUGAAACGUGCUCCUCAUUCUGAAGUGUCGCCACUUGUACCGACAAAUUGUUCAUUUUCUUGUGGUGCCGACUGGUAAGACGAUUCGGGAGGGCGUGUGUUAGCAAGAGGGUUUGUAGCCUCGUUUUGAGCUGAGUCAGGAGGAAGCGGUACUCGCUAAGCAAGCAGCGUGGCGUUCAUUACACACACGUCUGCAUUGUGUCUCUGUCCCUCCUCCAGGUGGGCAUCAGGAAGGUGUUUGCGGAGGUACUGCCGUCCCACAAGGUGGCCAAGGUGCAGGAGCUGCAGGAGAGGGGUCUGAGGGUGGCCAUGGUGGGCGACGGGGUCAAUGACUCGCCCGCCCUCGCCCGCGCCGACGUUGGCAUCGCCAUAGGGACGGGCACCGACGUGGCCAUAGAGGCAGCUGACGUGGUGCUGAUCAGGGUGAGGAGCAGAGUGGGGUUGGGGAUGUUAACGACAUACUAGUUACUUGUGUUGUGAUCUACUUGAAAGGGAGAGAUGAGGUCUACAGGCUGUAUUUUCUGUCCCAAAGGAACUUUAGUUGUUUGAGUUUUUUCUCCUUUGUACGUAGAAUGAUCUGUUAGACGUGGUGGCCUGUAUUGAGCUGUCCAAGAAGACUGUUCAGAGGAUACGCAUCAACUUUGUCUUCGCUCUCAUCUAUAACCUGGUAGGGAUUCCCAUCGCCGCAGGUGAGUACCAAAUCAAAUCAAAUUGUAUUGGUUCGCAUACACAUAUUCAGCAGAUGUUAUUGCGGGUGUAGCGAAAUGCUUGUGUUCCUAGCGCCAACAGUGCAGUAGACUGUGUGUGUGUAUUUAUUAUGGAUCCCCAUUAGCUGCUGCCAAGACAGCAGCUACUCUUCCUGUAGGUGUCUGUGAGAUGCCUGUGUGCAUGUAUCCAUGUAGUAAAGCUGGGUUGUGCACUGUACUCCCCCAGGUGUGUUUCUUCCCGCUGGUCUGGUCCUACAGCCAUGGAUGGGUUCAGCAGCUAUGGCUGCUUCCUCUGUGUCUGUGGUCGUCUCUUCCCUCCUGCUAAAACUGUGAGUGUAUGCCUCUGCCCCUCUGUCUGUCCGUCCUUCCAUCUAUCUCCCUAUCGAUUUAUUUCAACCAAUCAAACUUGCCCUCCAUACUUUUCAACAUUCCAGAUGGGAACUUUUACUGGACGUCAUGCGAGCAUUUUCAUAUCACUUUUCAAGUACCUCAAUCUCUUCACUGUAAACUCGGUCCAUUGAGAAGCGUUUCCAUAGUAACCCGAGUAAAGCAGCGGUUGCCUGUAGAGCCGCCCAGGGCAGUGUGUCCAUGGUGUCUCUGUUGCAGCAGCAGCCCACUCACUGAACACUACCCAGACUGAACACAGUGCACUUUGACCUCUCCGCUGUUAACGAUUUGGAACCACUCCAACGCCCUCUUUAUCUAUCGCAAACAAUGUAAACGUCUCCAUCUUUCUCUCCUUUUCUGUUCCUUACAUACCACUUAGUUUUAUGUGAUGUUUGUCUUACUCACUCACACGUUAUUUUGCGUAUAUAAACACGGCACUUGUCCGUUUCAGGUCAAGUCUCUGUCUCUAACACUUUUCUCCCCAUCCUCCUCUUACUCACUCUCUUUUACUAAAACUAACCUCAGUCCUCUCCUGCCUCCCCCUGCUCCAGGUAUAAGAAAACGUCAAUUGAGACGUUUGAGUUCCGGGCCCAGGGGAACAUGAAGAGCCUGAGCCCCAGCCAGGUGAGCACCCACGUGGGUCUGGAUGACCGGCGACGAACCCCUCCCUCCCUCCGCGGGGCCUGGGAGCGCCUGAGCCAGGGCAGCCGCCUCUCCGUGCCCAUCUCCCUCUCCAGCCAGCCGGCCAGCCGAGGUCCAUCCACCCACUCUCUCCAGGACCAGGACCGCUGCUCCCUGCUGGACCACGAGAAGGAAGUGGGCCUCAUAGUGUAGCAAGGUGCCAGGGAGAGGAGGUUAUGUCGAAAGGGAAACUACCUGUCCUAUGGAAAUCGUCUGAUGGAAAGGUCCAAGGGAAACGGUCCACAUUCCUUAGUCGUAUCCUAUUCAUUAUUAAUUAUUAUGAGGAAAUGUUAUUAGUUUUCAACUUUUGGAGGGUGAUUGUCAUGUGUGGUGUGCCUACCUGUUGUCUGUUAUGAGUGUGUUCUAAUGAUACAUUUGUCUCUCCUUUGUCCCUGUAGUCCUUACUGUACAAUUACCAAAUAUAUUUCAGUAAAAUCCACCAAUGUUUCUGCUUUCUAC